CUUUCUCCUCUCCGUUGUUGGAUUAAGCUGAAGCAAGUCGCAACCAAUCAAGACUCCAACCUUUGAGUUUGCUCCAUGGCAUUAGCUUCUUCGAUCACCAUGUGGAAGCCCGCGGUCGGCUUCCUCCGGCCUUUGGCAGGCUCAGAAACAUUCUUUCAGCCACUCAGGUUGCCUGCUACCACGGCGGCGGGGCGGCGGCGGGGCGCAGAGCUCAAGGUCCGGGCCUCGUCGUUGUCAGAGAAGGAAAAAGUGCUAAGCAGACUGACGGCGGCAGCUAUGGUGGCAGCGCUAGUGAUACCGGAAGUGGCGGAGGCAGCGCAGCCAGGCAUCUCGCCGUCGUUGAAGAACUUCCUCCUGAGCAUCGUGUCCGGCGGGGUCGUGGUCGGCGUGAUCGUAGGGGCUGUCAUCGCCGUCUCCAACUUCGACCCUGUGAAGCGGAGCUGAGUAGUGGACUGUGCAUCGUGGUGUUCAACCAAUCAUGUGUAACUGCUACCUUAAUUUUUAAUGUAUUCUCUCAUAAAUCUGGUAUAUACGAUGGAGAGCUUUAAUUU